AUGGCGGCCGGCAAAGAUGCAGGAUGCACUCAGCGGUUAAGCCAGACCCGAGUUUCUAGUGAUGAAUUUGCCAGCUUUUUUGAGGCCCAUUUCACCCCCAACGCCGUCGCAAGCUUUGGCUGGGCGUUCAUGAACCCAGACGUCUAUUCUCAGUCCCAAGAAGCUGCAUCACAAUACGAUUGUGAUUAUGAGGAUGAUGGACUCGGCUACUACGACGAUGGUGUCAAGCGAACACUGACGGAUGAGGAAAUUGAAUUCUUCCGACAGUCGGAGCUUAGGGAGCUGCGGCAAAAACAGUCACGACCUUCAGCUGGGACAUCGAACCCGGAAGCGGCAUCCGCAAAUCGUGUCAGCAAGAAGACCAAUAAGCGGAAUGGCAAGAACGGGCGGCGUGAGCCAAAACCCGACCUGCGCAAACGAACGUGGGACGUGGUGGAUGCUGGACUGGACACGCUCAACUACGAUUAA